ACUCCAGGAGGAGAAAGCAAGGGAUCAAAGCCCAGGUGUCCUCCACAGCCUAACCCUGCCGUCCGCUGCUCAGUUUCCACUAGGGCUGGCAGUGCUUUUUCCUCCAAGAUAUGAAAGCCUAAAAGACGUGGAGAAUAUCAAUCCAACAGGAGGUGGUGAUAGUGGAGGGGGGGGUGGUGCGGGAAUCUGAAGAGCAGAGCUUCUGGAGUCUCGCCUUUUGGAGCCUUGAGGAUUAUACAAGGAAUUUUUGCGCUACUACUUAGACGCUAAAGGGGGUUAUCCAAAAGACUGAGCUUCCUUUGCAUCCCACCUCCCUUGGAUUCUUAAGAAGACAGGGGGGCUUUCAGGACCAUGGCAUCGCCAGAAGGUGCCAACAAUAUGCCUAAGCAGGUAGAAGUGCGGAUGCAUGAAAGUCAACUGAGCCCUGUGGAGCCAAGGCCCAAGAAUGUAUGCCUGCGGUUCUGCCAAUCACUCAGAAAAAACCUGCUCCUGUCUCUUACUGUAUUUGGUGUCAUCAUGGGUGCAUUGUGUGGGGGUCUUCUUCGCCUGGCAACUCCUAUUGAUCCUGACAUCAUCAUGUUAAUAGCCUUCCCAGGAGAUAUCCUUAUGAGGAUGUUAAAAAUGUUGAUCCUACCUUUAAUUAUAUCCAGCUUAAUCACAGGACUAUCAGGUUUGGAUGCUAAAGCUAGUGGUCGAUUGGGCACAAGAGCCAUGGUCUACUACAUGUCUACUACUAUCAUUGCUGCGGUGCUAGGGGUGAUUCUGGUUUUAGCCAUUCACCCAGGAAAUCCAAAACUCAAGAAGCAGCUGGGAGAAGGAAAGAAAAAUGAUGAAGUAUCCAGUUUGGAUGCUUUCUUGGAUCUCAUCCGGAAUCUGUUCCCUGAAAAUCUAGUCCAAGCAUGCUUCCAGCAGAUCCAAACUGUCACUAAGAAAGUGUUGGUGCCCCCACAAACUGAAGAACCAGCUAACGUCACUGACUCUGUCUUUGCUCUGAUGAACGAGACGAUGACUGAAGCACCACCAGAAGCCCAGCUGGUCAUUAAAAAGGGGCUUGAGUUUAAAGAUGGAAUGAAUGUCUUAGGCCUGAUAGGGUUCUUCAUUGCUUUUGGCGUUGCUAUGGGGAAGAUGGGAGAGCAGGCCAAAAUGAUGGUGGAUUUCUUCAGCAUCCUGAAUGAGAUUGUAAUGAAACUAGUGACUAUGAUCAUGUGGUACUCUCCUUUUGGCAUUGCCUGCCUUAUUUGCGGGAAAAUCAUUGCAAUUAAGGACUUAGAAGUGGUUGCUAGGCAACUUGGAAUGUACAUGGUAACAGUGAUCGUGGGCCUUCUCAUCCAUGGUGGGAUCUUCUUGCCUUCACUGUACUUCGUGAUAACAAGGAAAAGCCCCUUCACAUUCCUUGCUGGCAUUUUCCAGGCAUGGAUCACAGCUCUAGGCACAGCUUCCAGUGCUGGUACAUUACCUGUCACUUUCCGUUGUCUUGAAGAAAACUUGGGCAUUGAUAAGCGUGUAACAAGAUUUGUCCUGCCUGUUGGAGCAACAAUUAACAUGGAUGGGACGGCCCUGUAUGAAGCAGUUGCUGCCAUCUUCAUAGCACAGAUGAAUGGAAUUGUGUUGGAUGGUGGGCAGAUAGUCACUGUGAGUCUGACAGCCACCUUAGCAAGUGUUGGAGCUGCCAGUAUACCCAGUGCAGGACUGGUCACCAUGCUUCUCAUCCUCACUGCGGUGGGUCUCCCCACUCAGGACAUCAGUCUGCUUGUUGCUGUUGACUGGCUCUUAGACAGGAUGAGAACAUCAGUAAAUGUUGUAGGAGAUUCUUUUGGUGCUGGCAUUGUGUAUCACCUCUCCAAGGCAGAGUUGGAAAACCUGGAUUCCCAGCAUAAGGGGCAUGAAGACAUUGAAAUGACCAAGACUCAGUCAAUUUAUGAUGACAUGAAAAAUCAUAGGGAAAACAAUUCAAACCAAUGUGUUUAUGCAGCUCACAACUCUGUCAUAGUAGAUGAAUGCAAGGUGACACUGACAACCAAUGGCAAAUCUGCAGACUUCAAUGUUGUUGAGGAAGAGCCUUGGAAAUGUGAAAAUUAAGGAAAGCGAGUCCCACCUCCAUCUUUAAUAAGCCCCUGAAGCUAUCUUAUGGUAAAAGAUAUCAAGAUUAAAGAAUAUUUCUCUAUUUAUUUAACAUCUAAAGUUUUUGCUUAUUUAAUUUGUUAACCGAAACUUAGCAAUGAUCUCAUAAAGUCAUUGUAGCUACCGUGUUUUUGCCAAACAAUGAUCCAUAACUAUCUGUCUCACUUGUACUGUUUGAAUGGAUGCAGCUGGAGAAUACUCUGAGUUAAGAGAUAUAGUCUCACCAGCCUCUCCCUUUUGCUCAAGAUGCAGAAAAUGUAGAUGAUGCAAAAUGGAAAGAUCAAAAAGCCGGUAUGGCUUUCUUCAGGGACUCAGGGUAAUGAACAUAUGGUAUCAUAUAAACCUUAAAUUGUUUUCAGUGUUUCUUCUUGUGAUGUAUGUACAAAUCAGUACUGCAGUGUACCUUUGGUACAGUCAACAUUGUGUAACUACACUAUUUAUUGUAAGUGUCUCUAAAGGUUUUCUAUAAGUUUUAUUGAUAAUUAGCAGCUGGCAUGGGGGACUCAGAAUUUUCAUCUUCCCAGGUACACUUAAUUUUAAGUUUCUCAAAUAAAUAUUUCAUUUAGAUUUUGGGGGAAAAUUCACCCCAGGCAUAACUUCAUUAAAAUCAGUGGAGUAAAUACAAUGGGCCAGAUUUUGGGCCUUUCUCAGAUAGCGCCAGAUUCUGAUGCUCUCUUCACAUCAAAUAGGACCUUACAGCCCAUGUAGUCCCACUGAAACUAUUCAAGGAGAAUGGUGUUAUUUAACUUAAGGAAGAGCACCAGAAUCUGUCCCCAAAUGGUUAUUGAAUAUUCUUUUUGUUGAGGAUGAACAAUUAUAUCUAAUAGGGUGUUAAAAUGUAAUGGUGCUUUGUAUACGUCAGUUUGUUAACUACGCUAAACUAAAUGUAUAUUUAGGACACUUAAUUUGAAGUGAUAACUCUUUUUCUUCUCAAGUACAUUUUAGAUUUGAGCCAAUGAGCUAAAUCCUGAAGUCAUUACCUGGACAAAUUUUGCAUUGAAGUCAACAGGAAUUUUGCCAGAGUUAGGACUGAGUGAAAAGUAAACCAGGACUUCAGGAUUCAGUCCAAUAAAUUGAAUCUCCAUCUCUCUAUUGUGAAGCAACAAUUUGUAUAAAUGUCUUUGAUCUCAGACAAGCAGUGAUUCUAGACCACAUGGCAUAUGAAUGAACAAGGCAGAGUUUUGUCGACACGGUAUAACUAGCUCAUUUAUCUGUAAGAUAUAGAGGUGCAAUAAUCAUUCUCUUAGGUUGUUUAAAAGGUGCUUGUUAAAAAUAAGUGCUUGUAAAGACAUACGUGAACUCUAUGAUGAAAUUAAUAAUGUUUUACAGCAAAGCUGAGCCAGGUAGGUGUGUGGGAAACCCUGCCCACUGAACAAACCUUCUGUGAUGUGAGUGUUUCUUAAAAUGUUCUCUGAGCUGUCCAGCCUAUAAGCUUAUAAUGAACCUACCUACAAGGUGAAAUGGGAAAUGAAGCACAUGUGCUUCUCUCUGUCCAUGCACAGUGCAGUGUUGCCUUGGUCAUAAACAGGAACAAUAUGUGUGAACAUAGAGUUUAAACAAUAAUCCAGUCUGGUUUUGCUAAUUUGUAUUCGUGUUAGCUAUUCCACUGAAGUCACUAUGGGCCCCUGCCCUGCUAGUAAGGACUACUCACCUGUUUAACGGUUUGCAGAAUCAAAUCUAUAGUCAACAUAUUCACCAUUCAAAUAUUUGUAGCUGUACAGUAUUUUCCUUGGGAACAUUAGUGCUCUUUUGACAUCCCCUUGCUGCCUCACUAAAUGAAAAGUCCUAAUGAAUUUAAUAGCUAUUGUGAGUUCUAUAGACAUUCUGACAACCUAAAGAAUUUAAUAGAGAAUUUAGUCCUUUUCUGUAGGUCUUUUGUACCAUUCUGUGGCAUUCUGUUCCCUCUUGUUCAACAUAUUUAAUGGAAAUUGUGGGCACACAGAACUUCUCAGGAUCAGGGACCUAGUCUGGAUUUGAAAAAGAGUUCACUUCCCUGAUCCCCACAGAAAAGGAUCAAUUGCCCAAGAGAAGCUCUAACACUCUCUAAAAUGAACUCUAUUUAACAUUUGGGCUGUUGGCUCACCUCAUAAAAGUCACUGAGAGCUAAGUAGCAAUUGUGUAGAGUGACCAUAUUUUCAAAAGACAAAACAGGACACCCCAGCUGCUCACCUGAGGCCCCUCCCCCCUCCACGUAAGGCUGUUCCCCAUCAUUGGUGCCCUGCAAGGGCCCUCUCAGGAAGCUGUUUGCUGGAACCCUGUGGGGAGGAGGGCUCCCUCAGGAGGCUAUUGCCCAUCGCUGGAAUCUUGGUGGAAUCCUCAUGCUGGAAUGCUGAUUCCCCCCAGCCCUGCCUCCCCCCCCAAUGGGGGCUGGAAUCUUUGCUCACCCUCUCUGCACCACACCCUGCUUUUUUUUUCUGGACAAAAACGGGCAUUUGUCCCAUUUGCUCAUGCCAACUGAUCAAGUCAUCAAGAGCAAAUGGGAUAAAUGCCUCCUUUAAAAAAGUUAGGACAGCCAGUACAGGGCUUAAAAAAGGACCUGUCCCGGCCAAAAUGGGACAUAUGAUCACCCUUCAAUUGUACCCGACUAGAACAUAGUGUUUGUUGUAGUGUAGAGCUUGGGUUCUCAAAGACUCUCAUAGCCUGGCACAUAUUUUAGAGAGGUGGUCUCCUAAACCACUUCCAUCCUGUUCAUAAUAAUCUAACUUCCCUGUGGCAGCAACACCAACUGUUUACAGAGAAAGGUAACAUUAGGAAAGUGUUUAGUCUAUUUUUAGCUGUCUUUUAAAGCAAUAUGAUAGCUGGAAACAGGUAGGAGAGCCAGCACCAAGUUACUAAGCCGCUCCACACAGUUACCUAUUGAGAAACAGAGGUUCAGACAUCCUUCCUUACACUUAUCUGCUUUGGACAGAUUUCCCUUUAAAAAGUGAUUCUUCAAAUGGGACUAGAGGAGGAGGAGGUGAAAAUCUAGAGUAACUCUACCCACGUACAGAGAGCAAAUUUGGGGCUUUAGUUUUGACUAAAAAAGCAGACUGUAGGACUUUUAAGUAAGACUUUAUAGUUUGUUAGUUGUAGUAACUCAGGGAACUUUCAAAAGAUAAUUAUCAUGCCAUUCUUCUACUUAGAAAUGUGCUGCUUAUGGGAAACACUUUGGCUAUCUCCCAGGCUGAAAUCUCUCAUGUAAUAUUUAAUGUGUAGCUACUCUGGCACAGUACUGAAUUUAACCAUCAAAAAGCUUUCUUGGGGGGAAACGUAACUCAUACUUGGCUUGUAGUUGGUAAUUUGUUCAUUCCACAUGAGGCUGGGUUGCUGCGUAACUAAACAAACAAGACAAAAACUCAGGAAAUGGCCACUCGAGCUAAUGCAAGUUUCACAUUUGAGUGGAUAAUGCUUGUCACUGUCACAUCUUCCUUUAGACUCAUUAUUUUGUAUCUGGCCUUCAGAGUGUUUUCUUCCUUUACUCAUUUCCCCCUUGUUUGGAUGGCAAAACUCAAGGAUGUGCAUAGAAUAAAGCAGCACACGCUUGGAGUUAUUUCCCUUCUAUAGUCAUUUUCUUUGCUCUACUCUUAGCUAUUCCCCGGCUGCUUACAGAAGUAUGAUAUAUAUGUGCCCUCUAGAACACUGACAUCAUCAGUGGAACCUGGAAGCCUUGAUAUUGGUAAGCAUACUUAGGUUAAAAUUUAGCAGCACAUGCUUUUCUGAAUAGGACUGUACUUAAGCAUCUGCUUGAGAACUUUGCUGAAUGAGGGCCAUGACUCUGUUAGGGUUUGUUCUGGUGCUAGUCUUCAAGGCCCAGUGCACAUUAUAGUUAAUUUGGGGAAACAGGGGAAUGUCUGAAUUUGUUCCUUCUUCUAUACUCCUCCUCCAGAAAAACAGACUGCACCAGCACUUUGUAUAAAACAAAGGUCUCAUGCAUUAAGAUGCCCCUAUAUUUAUGCCAAUUAGACAGUAUUACAGUAAGGGAGCCCCCUGUCAUUUAGAACUGAGAGACUAUUUUUGUUUCUUUGAAAACAGCCUGCAAGUUGCUGACCACUCUAAAUUCCCUUUGGGAGUUAAGGAUGUAUGCUUCCUUCCAGAAGCACUUAGCACCUGAUAGCCUGAACAGAGCCUGAUCAACCCAACAAUAUGCACUAAAAACUCCUGUUAAUUUUAAGUUGGAGAAGGAUUAUUAUUUUUCACCCUUCACCAUUCCAGAGAAGUUGCUAUUAAUACAUUGUCUGUUCUUAGUGCUAGCUAGAGACUUUAGCCCUGGUCCUGCAUUGUUGGAAAGCAAGUGGGGUUUCAUCACUGAUUUCAGUGGGAGCAGGAUCAGAGCCUGUAUUUCAUGUUGAGGCCCAUGCUACCUCAUUUGAAAUGGUCUGUUUUUAGUUUCUGUACAAAUAGCAAUCUCAAUCAUUUAUAAUUAUAAAUACACCAUCUUUCCUGCACCUGCAAAGACCAAAAUAUGGGCCACAACAUCAGAGACAGAAGAAAAUCAAUGAAUGCUGUAAGCUAAAAUAAUGAGGGAUUAAUUCGUUCAUAAAUAGGGCUAUUGUGGGAGCUUGUUUUGUCAAUGCUAGCAAGUAAGCAACAAACAAUAAUAUGGAUUCUGAUUAAACUGAUUGAAUGGUUUGUGUUGUCACCUUUUGAAAGCUUUUUAAACUUUUGCAAUAUAGAAGAAUCUAAGAAGGGUCAAGGUCCAACAGUGGUCCCUCCCACCUCCUGCAGCCAAUAGAAACAGACUGUGCAAUUUCUUCCAGUGAAUGAUCUUUUCUAGGUUCUCUAGCUGACGAUGCCUCCCCCAUCCAAAAGGUCUCCGCUAAUAAAGGGAAAUCAUUCUCCAUCCCCAAUCCAGCAGUGAGUUUAAACCUCUGCAUCUGAAUUCAGACCACUGUCAUUAAGCUUGGUAUCUGUUUAUACCCCAACAUAUAGCUAGUGUCCAUUUUUGUCUAGAAUCCUAGUAAGUGGACUCUGCCAACACAGAAUUCCAAACAUUACGGAUUUUAAAGAUCUAUGAGCAGCAGAGAGUUCUGAUUUGUUUUCCAAGUGUUGGCAUCAUCAAUCCUUGGGUUGGUACUUUGAUGGAUGCUGAUGUUUAGCAGAGCAAACUACUUGUCUUAUAAAUAGAAGUAGUAGCAAAACACAACAGAGCUCAAAUUAAUUUAUACUGGCAACUGCCUGUAUUCUCUUUGAUUGCUGCUGAGCUGCUACAACAGGCAUCAUACAGCAGCAUGAGGCUGGGAAAGCAAACCGUUUUCUGAAAACAGCAUCCGUUGCUAAUCUACCUUCUGACUUCCUCAGCCUCUUGUGAAUGCCUUUAGAAUGGCUUUGAGCUUUCAGUACCAGGUCUGAAAAACCCUAUUAUGAAUAUUUAAUAGUACAUCUCCUUCUCAUCAGAUUGAGUCCCAUUUGUUCCAUUUUUGUUGACUGCAUUUGGUUUUACUCCAGGAAGCAAAGAAUAAUAAAUAAAGGCAACUUAUAAAAAUACACUGCAGUAUUCUACUGUACCGAGCCAGAAGACUACAGCUGAUCGUAUUACUGUGACUUCUUGGCCCAUUACUGUAAUAUUUUCCUUGUGGGUUAUUGUCAUAAGCAUAUAACACAUUGGGACAAAUUCUUCUCUGGUGUAACUCUGAUUGAAUGGAGUUGCACCAGGGAUCAAUUUUGCUGCUGCUGCAGUAGUAUGAUUAUUAUUUUUAAGCCAUCUUUUGUUGAAACUACUGCUACACAUAGAAUAUAUUUUGAAAAACAUAGGUUUGAGAGUGAUCUUUUUCAGUCAUGCUGAUAAUGUUGAAGAAAAGACUUUUAUCUAAUUUUGUCUAGCAGAAGAGUGAUGUACAGAUUAUAGCUACAGACAUUACAAAAAGCAAUUGUCCUGCACAACAAGAUAGAGUAAGGGAAGGGAGGAUAAGGAGGGGAUGUGAAACAAAUCUGCUGAACUUUGCCCUGAGUCGGUGUUCCACAAGUGUUAAAUUCUAGCCCAAUAUUCACUAGAAGCAAUAUUAUGUAACAUACAUUUUUCACUUCUCCAGUAAUCUUCCAUUACCCCUACACACACACAUGCAGGGACCAGUCCUGCAGUUCUCAAGAAGACUCUGCCAUCCUGACAUUACUUAGGCAAAACUUCCACUAAAAAGUCAAUGGGAACUGUGCCAGAGAGAGGACUGCAGAAUUGGGUCCACACUGAUAGUUACCCUUUGCUUCCCCCUGUUUCUUCCUAGGCUCUUGUUUGGUAUUGAAUUGAAAUCUGUUGCUGUAAUGAGCCACAAUGCUGUUAAUUUUCACUAAUGCCAAGGCACUGAGAACUUGUUUUUCUGUGGAAUGCAUGGGUUUAGUGACACAAGACUCUUUAGAACCAACCCCCAGCCUUUCCUCCUACCCAAGAGACAUCUUCAUCUGAUAAGUGGAAACCUGGCAACUCUCUGCUACCCACAGUUACAAUUCCUAAUGGAUAUGGCAGUGAUGCGUUUAAAGCCAUGGUUCUUUAUAAACCCUGAACAUUGUUUAAGCAUACUGUUGAGGCAGUACAUAGGUUUUCUGCUAGUUAAAGAUGCCACUCACCAAUGUGCUAAUGAAGGGUUGGAGAGGCAGGGAGGUAUAAUAUUAUGACAUCACCGAGCUUUUUGGUUGAUUUCCCCAAAUCACGUAUUUGUCUAUCUAGUGGUCACCUGCCUUUGUUGGAAUAUUUAAUGCUUCUAGUCUGAUUUUCGUAACUAAAGACAGCAGAGUCUUCAAUAUUUUCAAUAAAUACUCUGAGACAUACACCUUUACGUAGAGAGGAAACUUACAAAAUUGUGUUUCAUAGAUAGCAUCACAUAACCUAGAUGGUCUAAUUACUGCAUAGUGCUUUGUACAUAAAUAGGAUACUUCAUGGGGAUUUUUGUAUCAUUCUUUUCUAGAGUUUUGGAAGACCAUUUCCAAAGCAUAUUUACAAACAGAUUUUGCAGUCAAUACAAUAGAUUCAAGUAUUUCCAUUUUUGGCUUCAUGUAGGCUUGUAGGUUCUCAUGUAUUGCAGGUUGUCUUUCCUUCUUAAAGAAUAUUGCAACAAAAAUCUAUAGACUUCUUUCCUACCUAUCCUGCUUUCUUUCUUAAUGUAUCAAGUUAAUACUCUAGUGUGAAGUGUAAUUUAUAGAAUGCAUGAGAAAAGAAUUACACAUGUAAUUACACUUGUUAAAUAUGAUAUGCUCAAAACUGAUUCAGCCGUUAAUACAGAUUUUAUGGGUGUGUACCUAUUCUCCAGAAACCAGAAAGAACUACAGUGUAGAUGAAACUAAAUUACUUAGUAUCUGUAAUUUACAGACACACAAAUAAAUAUUUUAUAUAUGACCAUAUAAGAUAAGGGAAAAAAUUCUUACAGGUGAUCCAUACCUUAGAGCAAAACCAGUUUUCUAACAGCAUUUUAGGAUUAAUAUUUUUUUUCUGUAUUUUGUUCAAUGAACUAAGAAAAGCAAUUUAGUGAUGAAUUAUAAGCAAAGCACAAAAUGCAAUUAGGAAUUAAGAAUUUCGAGGUGUCCUUAAAUGCUGCAGUUCACUAUGGAACACUGUAUUAUUAUAUCCUAAACAAUCGUCUAGAUUGACAAUUUUAUGGAUUGCUCAUCUCUUAUUUGUGACCUUUGGAAUGGUUUUACCUGGGCCAAAUCCUUAGUUGUUUCUCAGGGUCAGAUCCUGAAUAACUGAUUUACCCACAACACUUGGGUUGUGAGCUGGGGAUCUGCAUGUGCAAGGAGUAAAGAAUCAGGCACUCAGUCCAUUUUACUCAGGCAAAACUUGUAUGAGUUUGACCUAGGUAAAGAAUUCAGUAUUUGGCCUCUUAGCUUUGCUUUCAUGUAAAUGGACCAAUGACACAACAAUGGGACCACUUUAAUAGGGUAGCGCUGUAGAAAUGCCUCCUACCUUCUUAAACAUUUAUAAGAAAAACAAACCAUAUAUUUUUGACCAGGACAAGUGGGAUUUAUUUUUCUUUUAUAACAAUCAAUUAUUGGUAGGCAAAUACGUGUUGGACUUAAGGUCAUGACAUUAAUGAAGCAUAUUUAAUUAGUAAAUAAAAAUGAUUACAGUCAAUUGCUUAGUUAAAAUCAACAACAAAAAUUACAUCAUUACAAAACUCCUUAUGUGGUGAAUCAACCACAUGGUCUACAAUUCAAGACAAAAAAGAACAUGGAAUUGAAAAUGUCACCUGUCCACAAAGCAGAUACAUUUUCAGAAAUUUGUUGUAGGGCCCUGUUGAGGUUUAUGUGGGUAAAAGAUAUAUAUUUAUGUGCCCUUAUUUUUUAAUCUCCUUAUAUUUUUUAAUCAGUUAUAUCAGGUAUUCUCUUAAUUGGAGUUGAAGGUAGCGUAGUGUAGCUGAAGUACUAAUAGCUGUCAAAGCAUGGAAUCCUUAUAAAUACCAAUUUUUACAUGUUGCUUAAGUAUGAUGAUCAGUGCCUCUCCUCAUUUUGUGUAGAUAACAUAGCUAUCUAUGUGUAAUUUCAGUGAAAUGGUGCAUACAGUACAGGUAGCUGUAUUUUCAUGUAAUUUAAUUUGGUGAUGUGCAUUGAGACAAAGUAGAAAAUUUGAUCUCUAUUUUGAAAAACUCUUUUCAGGUUGUUUUUGGUUUGGUUGUCUGUGUUGUGUUUAUUUUAGACAUUUAACUGAAUAAUUUCCAUAGCUUGAUAACUGGUUUUGUAUGUUUAUGUAUAUAAACAUGUCAAUGCAUAUCUUGUUUUUUGAUAAUGGUCAAAUCCUAUACGCAGCCUACUCAUUGUAAAUAUGUUGUUAGUUUUCAACUCUCUAACUGGCAUUGCAUAUGAAAUUCCCUGGCACUCAGUGAAAGUGAUUGCAGUAUGGAUAUGCUGCACCGUGAAUGCAAUUGUUAAUACAUUAUGAAUUAAUGUGCAUGUGCAUGAUUAUUUAGUUUCGGAGUAGAUUCUUCUUGUACACUUGGCAUGUUGGAAUUGUAGCAACAUAAGGUUAGUAAGUCACUGUGUCAAUUAGCACAAUGGUCAGAAGGAAAAAUUAACUUUUACUCUCCCUCUGGGCACCAUGUCUAUCUUUGGCAAUAUGUGUAGCUUACAGCAAGGAAUCCAUAUUCACACAGCAGAGUUUCAGGAUUCCUCUGACUCACUUUCAGUUACUCAUUGACUGCAGACUCCAGUGAAGAAACUAAAGUCAGAAGACCAUGACUAAGCCUGACAUUUAGUCUUAAACAGAAGCACAUGCUUGACUGCUUACUCUAUUAUGUGCCCUGGAAUGCAAAGCAUGAACCUUCAUUUCAUUUCCUCUGUAGAAACAAUCUGCAUAAGAUUUAUAGAACCAUAAGUAAAUGCAUUGACUAAUGCUGUUUCCAUUAUCAAAUAAGGAUAUUAAUAGAUAUUGAGAAUUAAGCACAAAAUCAAAUGCAUGUCAGUCAGUUAUGCAAAAAAGACAAAAAAUGGUCUUUGGUGUUCAUUUAUGCUUAUUUGAUUUGCAGGAUUAUACAUCCAUACAAUGCACAUAUGGCAAAUAUAUAAUGACAGAGAUAUUGUAAAACCUGUGCUAUAAGUCAUGUCCAUGAGCUUAUAAGGAAAAAAUCCUCAUUUCUGGACUGAAAACUGAAAGUGUUAUGAAGUGUAACUGAUGCUCAGUGGAUCUAAGACACCUCAGGAGAGAUGCAUCAAGCAAUUAGUUCCCGGAGACAAUGGUCCUGAUUCUCCUCACAGUUGAAAAUAACUCCAUUAGAGUCAAUGAAGUUAAACCAGGGUAAAACUGGGAUGAGUUCCGAAUCAGGCCCAACCCGUGGGGGAAUGUGUGGUUUCUUAUGAGACGUAUUAUGUUUCCAUUCAAACUGCAUGUUCCACAGUACUCCAUGUCUUCCCUGCUUACUUCUAGGCCUUACAUGCUUCCUCACAUGCUUCCUCUCAAGAGAAACCCACUCACUAGCCAGGAUCCUUCAUGUAAAAAGAAACAAAAAACAAAACAAGCUUGAUCUUUUCCUUCGACUGUAAAUGUGUAUCUGGGACUUGAAGUGACGUAUUGUACAGUAUCUGUAGCACAUUUUGUUUGAAGACUAAUGAAUGCAGCUGAUAAAAUUUUUACUAACUCUGGGCUCACCCUUUCUUUUAUAGUGUAAUAGGAAUGCCUAAGUAUAUUUUAUAUAAGUAAUUCAGAACUUCUCUUCCUUACAGUAAUACUUUAGCUAUUUGCUUUAAAUGCUUUCUUACUGUGUGAAUUGAUUUCUGUAACUUUCAUGUA